CAAACUGGUAGGUAUGAGGUAAAUGGCCUACUAAAAUAGGUAAAUGAAAUAAAUAUAAAAUGAGUAAUAUUUACAUACAAGAACCGCCUGCACUAGGAAAGGUUCUUUUGAAGACCACAGCAGGAGAAAUUGACAUAGAAUUAUGGACAAAAGAAACCCCGAAAGCAUGUCGUAACUUCAUACAGCUAUGUUUGGAAGGGUACUAUAACGGAACAAUAUUCCAUCGUGUGGUGCCAGGUUUCAUAGUACAGGGUGGUGAUCCAAACGGUGAUGGUACUGGAGGAGAAUCAGUCUAUGGUGCUCCGUUCAAAGAUGAGUUCCACUCCCGUCUGCGCUUCAGCCGGCGCGGUCUCGUCGCGAUGGCGAACGCCGGCAAAGACGACAACGGCUCCCAGUUCUUCUUCACGCUGGCAUCGGCCCCUGAGCUGCAGAACAAGCACACCAUCUUCGGGAAGGUCACCGGUGAGACAAUAUACAAUGUACUGAAGCUAGCUGAUGGUCUGAUCGGUCCGGAUGAUAGACCGGAACACCCCCACAAGAUUCAGAGCACCGAAGUUAUUAUCAACCCCUUCACUGAUAUAGUCCCGAGGCUGACGGAGACCAGGGUUGAGGAGUUGCCGAAGAAAAAGAAAAGGGAGCGUCAGGGUGUCAAAAAUUUCGGUCUUCUCUCUUUCGGUGAAGAGGCAGAGGAAGACGAAGGCGAAGCCCUGGAGUAUAGAGGCAAACCCAAGUCAACACACGAUCUUCUAGAAGAUCCUAAGCUUAGCAAAAAGACUGCUGCAGAGCUCGAGACGCAAGUCGAUAAAAAGACAAACGUGGAAAUGGCUAAAGAAAUUGAAGAGAAAAGACUGGAGACAGAGGCCACGGUCAGCAGCAUACGAGACAAAUUGAGUUCGAAGAGGGAGAGCAGCGUCGACAGGGAGACAAAGAGACAGAAACAGGAAUGCGAGAGCGAGUCGGACGGAGAAUAUUACAUAGGGAAAGACAGAGACAUCGAGAGGAAGAAAGAGAGGGAUAGAAUAAGGAACGAAAUUAAACAGCUGAAAAAAGAAAUGAGAGGUACCAGGGAGACGGACAAGAACGAGAGCGAGACGAAAGAUGUGAACGACGGCGAGUUAGAGCGAGACAACGAGAUGUACAAACAGUACGUCGACGAGCAAGAGAAAUAUAAGAAGAUAAAGGAGAAGAUUCCUAAGAAAGGAGCUGAAAGACAGCGCCCCCCGAAACCAGCACCGGGACAAACGAAAAGGAAACCCUGGGUCAAGAACUUAUACGAGAACCGUGAAUACCCGGACAAUUACACCGACGUGAAGUUCCUGGAAGAGCUACGCAAAAAUAUUAACGUAGAGAAAGUUAAUUUGCGACAAGCCGUGUACGGUUCGUUGCGGGUCGCGCUCAGAUUGUGUUUAUGCACACUGUACGCCCUAUUAUACGUCUUCAUGCACAACGAUUGGAUCCAAACGUACACGGUCAUAUAUUUAUUUAUAUUCAUAACCUUAUCCUGCUAUAUUCUGUACGCUGUAAUAGCGGGCAGCGAUAUUUUGAGGCACACCAAAACGGUCCUAAUAUAUAUAGUUAUAGGUUAUCUUUUGUCGCCGGUGCUGCACACGCUUACGGAUACGGUGAGCACGGACACGAUAUACGCUUGGUCGGUUAUAAUGAUGUUGAUACAUUUGAUAUUUUUCGAUUACGACGUCCCGGCCGCCGUUGUUUCGGAAUCGCUAUCUAUAAACGCUGCGAUAUUCUCGUCUGUGUGUCUGGUGUCGCGUCUGUCUACACCCUUCGAUGCCUUCGUUUUGCUGACCGUAUCGGUGCUGUUCUUCGUUCUGAGUCCGCACCUGUUCAAAGCUUAUUCCGGUACAACACUAUUUAACGUGAUGUGUUUCGUUGCGUUAUUUUUAACGCUUAUAACGUUAUAUAGCGUCUCGAGUGUUGUGCUGUGCUAUUUUAGCUUUUUUAUUGUCGUUCUCUGCGUAUAUUGCCCGAUGAUGUUUGUUAAGUGGCAGCGUUACAAGGAUAACAUAUACGGGCCUUGGGAUGAAGCUAUUAUUAAUAAUUCGGACGACUUGGACGAGUGCUUGAAGGAUUUGUGUUGAUCGUUUUGUGAUUUUUU